AUGUUGCGUUUUACGCAGGUGUUGGACUUGAGCACGUGGGAGUGGGUAGAAAUCGAACCGACGGGAGAGCUGCCAGAACCCCGAUCAGGGCAUCAGACCGUGGUUGUGAAGGACGCCUUAUACGUGUGUGGUGGAUGGAACUCGGUACAGCAAUUUGACGACCUCUUCAUCCUCGACACCAAGACUUGGGGGUGGAGUAAGGCUGACUGCGGGAGUGGGAAUGCAUGGGGGCCUCCCAGGUGGAACCACUCGGCCGUGGGAGUGUUUGCUGUCCCGCACUGGAAGGUCUUCGUAUUCGGAGGCAACAGCGGGAAUCUCGCGGAGGGAGGAAACCCGCAGGGGGAUUUUCGGAACGACCUGUGUGUGCUCAACACGGGAAGCAACACGUGGACCGCGACGUCUGUCGUGGGAGAGCUACCCGAGCCGAGGUCCGAUACUCAGAUCACUGGUAUGGGGUUCUCUUCAACCUCUGGGUCCGUGAACGUAAGGUUCGCCUGUCCCAAGGGCUUUGUCGAGACGGAAGGGCGAGUCGUGAACGAUACCGAGGUGUCCUUCCAUACACCCAGUUUCGAGAAGUUCGGCCCCAUGCAGGUGGAAUGCCGGCUGUCGAUCGGUCCGAAAGGUCUCACCAAUACCAAGGUCAACUUCCAGUACUUCAGCGUGGGAGACGCCACUAAGACAGUGGCGUUCGGGCCGGGGCUUCUGCACGGCACGGCACCAGCUGUACCUGUGGUGUUUAUGAUACAGGCUCGGGACAAGAUCGGGAAUGAUCGCGUUUGCGGUAUGGACGAGUUCCGUGUGGAAGUGGUGAAUGUCGCUGAAGAGGCGGAGCGGCUAAAAGAGGCGGCCAAGGCUGCAGCUAAGUCCAAGGAUAAGGAAGGGGAGGAGGAAGAAGAGGAGGUUGUUCCUGGCAUUGCCGCUAGCAUACAGGAUAACAUGGACGGGACCUACCUGGUGUCGUACACCCCCCCUUGCGCCGGCGAAUACCGGGUGUCCGUGGAAUUCCUAGGGACGUUCCAGGGGAUUGCCGGGCCAAUCUGCGGCUCACCGUUUACUUCCGUUUGCGAGGAUGACUCAGACCGGGAAAAUAACUCGCUGAACGGACCAUUGCUGAUGUCCACCAUCAAGGACUCCACGAAAGAGCUCAAGGAGUACUCCACAAAGACCCUCAAGGGCCUCAGGAAGAACAUUCCCAAGGACGACCGGCACGAGCUUAUCAAGUGCAAGGAGUACCUCAAGGAAACGGAGGCUCGUCGCGAGGAGCUGGAUCUGCGGAUAAAUGCCAACCGUGCGGCGCUCUUCGUCUUGAGGAAGAAGGGCGAAAAGAAUGUCGACCGGCUAUUGGACACCCUGGAUCAUGCUGCCACUGUGUGGACAGAUGUCAAGUCUCAGGCCCCAACCACGCAGCAAAACUUAGUCCCGCUGACAAAGUUGUGGUCGGAGAAGACGGAAGAAGAGAUCGAAGUGUACCAGGGCCUUGUUAAGCAACAGUUGAAAGAAUUCAAGGUGCGACCCUUCUGGGAGUUCGAGUGCGGGGCAGAGGAGGGCAGGAAGGCUUUGGGCGAGGCCGAGGACGCCCUGGCGAAGGAAAGGAAAAAGUUAGACGCGGCCACUCAUUUGUGCGCGUUGUUUGAGUUCCCAGACGCCAUCAAGGAGAGCCAGCGGAUGAUUGCGGACAUGGAGUCAAACUGCAAGCUCAUGUACAAGGUAUGGGACGUGUGCGAAGAGCUGCAGACCUUCAUCCAGGACAGCAAGGAGGUGCUUUGGUCAGAGGUGACACCGGAAGCGCUCGAGGACGACGCAAAAAUGCAGAUGAAAAAUGUGAAGGCGGCGGGGCACAAGGAUAUCCGGUGGUGCGGCGCUUACAAGGUGGCCAAUCUGAGCAGUGUUGACAUUUCGUUUCAAUUUCCCAUGGUGGUGGCCAAAGCACCCCUCCUCUCGAAUCGUUAUGAAGAGGGAGAUGAUGAACUGGUUCGUGGCAAGGAUUUCGUUCCUCCGUACCAAGAUCCUCAGCUCAAGCUAGGAGGCCUUCUCGCCCUCAAUCUGCACGAGUUCAGCUCUGAUGUGGAGGAGAUUGCGGACCAGGCCAUCAAAGAGGAAAAGAUGGAGGUCACCUUAGCGCAGCUAGCAGAGCGGUGGAACAACAUCGUCUGGGGCAUGGACCCUUACAAGGGUGGAGAUGUUCCUCUACUGAAGAUGGCGGAAGAGGACUUCGAGGCACUCGAGGCGGACCAGCUGGUGGUACAGGGCAUGAUGGCUUCGAGAUACCUCGCGCAGUUCGAGGAGGUGGUGAGCGGCUGGCAGACCCAGCUCAGCAUGGUCAGUGAUGUGUUCACCAUCCUUCAGGAAAUCCAGCGAACGUGGUCUUACCUGGAGCCCUUGUUCAUUGGCUCCGAAGAAGUGAAGAAGGAACUUCCGGAAGACGCCAAGCGUUUCGAAGGCAUCGAUACCGACGUCAAGGCUCUUCUGAAAAGUAUGUGGGAGAAAAAGAGCGUGCGAGAUGGUUGCAACACAGACGGCUACCUGGAAAAGCUGGAGUCAAUCCAAGAGCAACUGGAGCUCUGCAAGAAGAGUCUGGCGGACUUCUUGGACGGGCGGAGGCGGCAGUUCCCCCGCUACUACUUCGUGUCAGAGGCAGAUCUGCUUGACAUCCUAUCCAACGGGUCGGACCCCAACAAGAUUCUCGUCCACACUCCCAAGGUCUACCUUUGCUGCAAGACCUUGGUCUUGGGAGACGAGCUCAUGCCAUCUGGCAGGCCAAAGGCUGUACGGCUGGUGUCGGGAGUCGGCAGCGAGGAGGUCGAGUUCGAGCCUGCCAUCCCCCUUGAGGGCAAGGUCGAAAUAUACAUGCAGGAUGUCCUCGACGUCACCAAAGCAUCGCUGUACAACAACCUCAAGCGCUCCCUCUCUCGCUACAAUGAGAUGAGCCGACCAGAAUGGCUCAUGCACAAGAAUCCUUCAUCAGGGCGGCCGAGCGAUCCGGCACAAAUCAUUCUGCUAACACUGGCCAUCAACUACGUCUCCGAGGUAGAAGCGGCGUUCAUAGAAGGCCAGAAGGGCAAGCAAAACGCUCUGACGCACUACAACAAGCAACAGAUCGAUCAGCUCAAUGACCUCAUCAGGCUCACGCAGUCAGACCUGACCAAGGGCGACCGCACGCGAGUCAUGGUUUGCAUCACGAUGGACGCCCAUGGUCGUGACGUUGUUCAGAAAAUGGCGAGGGAGGGCGUGACCAAGGCGACCGAGUUCCAAUGGCAGUCCCAGCUAAAGCACAAGUGGCGCGUGCCUCCACCGUCUGCUAGUUUCCAAAACCGAGACCCACAGCUACGGGGCCCCGGCGGAGAGCGCGCAGAAAUCGCCAUCGCGGAUGCCACCCUGCCCUACGACUACGAAUACCUCGGGAACGGGCCGCGGCUGGUUAUCACGCCACUCACUGACCGGAUCUACGUGACGGCCACACAGGCUUUGAACCUGAAGAUGGGAUGUGCUCCGGCUGGCCCUGCCGGGACCGGAAAGACAGAGAGCACCAAGGAUCUGGCGAAUGCGCUCGCCAAAUGUUGUUAUGUAUUCAAUUGCUCUCCAGAAAUGGACUACCAGGGCCUCGGAAAUAUUUUCAAAGGGUUGGCGUCGUCUGGCGCUUGGGGUUGCUUCGACGAGUUCAACAGACUCAUUCCCGAAGUUUUGAGCGUGUGCUCUGUUCAGUUCAAGGCCGUAUGCGACGGAGUGAAGGCCGAGGCCGCGCGCAUCGUCAUUGAGGGCGAUGAAGUUAGCCUCGACCCGACCUGCGGAGCUUAUAUUACGAUGAACCCGGGUUAUCUGGGUCGGUCUGAACUUCCUGAAGGUCUCAAGGCCCUCUUCCGGCCGAUGACAGUCAUGGUGCCCGACCUUGUUCUCAUCUGUGAGAACAUGCUCAUGGCUGAAGGGUUCAUCGAGGCCAAGGUGCACGCACACCUCGCUCGCCGCCGUGCUUCGUUUGGUACAGAGUUGAUCCCUGACAACGUGUGCCAGGAGGUUCUCGCAUCCAAGUUCUACGGACUCUACUCUCUCCUUCGCGAGCUGCUCUCAAAGCAGAUGCACUACGAUUGGGGGCUUCGCGCCGUCAAGUCCGUGCUCGUGGUUGCGGGAGCCUUUAAGCGAGCAGAGCCGGAGUUGGCCGAAGACGCCUUGCUCAUGCGCGCUUUGAGAGACUUCAACAUCCCCAAGAUUGUUCGAGAGGACGAGGUCGUCUUCUUCGGUCUUCUCGGUGAGGAAAGAGUGGAGCCAUUGUGGUGUCACCUGCGCGACUUGUUCCCUGGGCAAAACCCUCCCCGGAAAGUUGACGAAGAGCUCGAGCACUUCGUGGUAAAGGCUUGCGAAGCGACUGGAAAUCACCCGGAUGAUCUCUUCUGCCUAAAGGUAAUGCGCGAUUUGGGAAACAUCCCAGACGAGAAACCCAAGUGGAUUCUCCUCGACGGUGAUCUCGAUGCAAACUGGAUCGAAAGCAUGAACUCAGUCAUGGACGAUAACAGGAUGCUCACCCUGGCGUCUAACGAACGCAUCCCCUUGAAGGCAAGUGCAACACCGCACAGCAACGUGCACCUGAUUCAACGGGGCCAUUGUCCCCUCAUCCUUCACUUCGCACGUCCGUCGAUGGCCAUUCCCACAAAAUUUCUAGCACUUCAACUACCGGGGAAAAACCGUUACGCUCUAUCCGUCAACUCAAACCCCCAACUACAGUCACACAUGCGAAUGAUCUUCGAGAUUCGGGACCUCAAGUACGCCACGCCUGCGACCGUGAGUCGGGCCGGUAUAUUGUACAUCUCCACCGACGACGGCACGCAGUGGGUCAGCCUCAUCCAGUCUUGGCUCAAGAACAGAGAGGAACCGCAGAACAUCAAGGACGCCUUCCAGGGAUUCUUCGACGAGUAUGUCGGAGCUUGCUUGCUGUGGAUGAAGAUCAACGUCAUGCCGAUUGUUCCGGUGGAGGACAUGGCCCUCGUACAGGUCUUGCUCUACAUGAUGGACGGCUUGCUCACACCGGCGAACACGAGUACGGUGGAGGAGCUCGAGAAGGUCUUUGUGUUUUGCAUGAUCUGGGCGAUGGGCUCGGCCCUCACCGUCUCAGACGACGGAACAGACUACCAGAAGUUGUUCAGCGACUGGUGGCGAGGGGAAUGGAAGAAGGUGAAAUUCCCCAGCCGUGAAACGGUGUUCGACUACUGGCUUGAUCCGGAGACUGGGUCGUUCGAGCAAUGGACCAAGAGCCCAUACUUCUUCUCUAUCGACUACGAUUCGAGGGUGACGCCAAUGACUCAGAUAACUGUGCCUACGCCCGAGACCUGCUCCGUCACUUUCUGGAUGCAACUUCUGGUAAAGAUGCGGAAGCCUGUCAUGAUGGCCGGGCCAUCUGGCACGGGCAAGACCCAGAUGGUCAUGGGCAUGCUAAAAAUGCAGAACCCGGACGAGUUGACGUUCCAGUCCAUCAACUUCAACUUCUACACGACUUCUGCCGUUCUUCAAAACACGAUGGGACUGCCUCUUGAGAAGAAGACCGGGACCAACUUCGGUCCGCCGGGAAACAGCAAGCUCGUGUACUUCUUGGACGACCUCAACCUCUCGGAGGUGGAUCCGUACAACACCCAAUCAGCCAUUGCCCUCUUGCGACAACACAUGGAGUACGAGCAUCAGUACGAUCUGGCCAAGCUCAGCCUGAAAAACAUUGCCAACACUCAGGUGGUUGCAUGCAUGAACCCGACCGCAGGAAGCUUCCUGGUCAACCCUCGCCUGCAGCGCUGGUUCGCGACGUUCGCUAUCGGCUUGCCUGGCCCUACAUCGCUUCUCACAAUUUACCAGACCAUUCUGGACGGGCAUUUGCAGCACUUCGACCCCGAGAUUGCAGGACAAUCGAGCAACAUGAUCAAAGCUGCGCUCGGGCUCCACAAUCAGGUUGCCGCAAACUUCCGGAAGACAGCGACAAACUUCCACUACGAGUUCAACAUCAGGCACCUGAGUAACGUGUUCCAGGGACUGCUCGUCGCACAACCAGACCAGUUCAAAACGGCGGAGAAGUUCGUGCUCCUGUGGAUGCACGAGAGCGAGCGGGUCUACGGGGACAGGCUGGUUUCAACCGAGGACCUGGGCAAGUACAACGCGUUAGCUCAGCAACAAUCCAAGAAGCUGUUCCCAUCGUUCAACAUGUCCAAGUUCUAUGCGGCGGAGAACGCCGACCCUCUGGUGUUCUGCCACUUCGCAGAGAACAUUCAAGACCAAAUAUACGACCAGGUUACUUCGCUGAAUUCCAUGUCGGGCAUCCUCGAGGAUGCACUCAGGGAGUACAACGAGACCUACGCCACCAUGGACCUCGUGCUUUUCGAAGACGCCAUGAAGCACGUUGCACGCAUCGUUCGCAUCGUGCUCAACGACGGAGGCCAUGCGCUGCUGGUGGGUGUCGGCGGGUCGGGCAAGCAGUCUUUGAGCCGUCUCGCGGCCUUUAUCUGUGGAUACUCCGUCAGCCAGAUCGUCAUCAGCUCGACGUACUCGAUCAAUGAUCUUAAGGAGGAUCUCAAGACAAUGUACAACAAGGCGGGAAACAAGGAUGAAGGCCUCAUGUUCCUGCUCACUGACAGCCAGAUCACCAAUGAGCGGUUCCUGAUCUACAUCAACGACCUGUUGGCCUCCGGUAACAUCCCUGACCUAUUCGCAGUGGACGAAGUGGACUCUAUUGUAAAUAACAUGACGAGCAAGGUCAAGGCGGAGGGUCUCGUCCCGGACCGAAAGAACUGCUGGGAGUUCUUCAUCAAGCUAAUCCGAAAGAAUCUGCACGUUGUGCUGGCCUUUUCUCCGGUCGGCGACGACUUCCGUAACCGUGCUAAGAAGUUCCCUGCCCUCGUUAACUGCACCGUCAUUGACUGGUUCCAACCCUGGCCAAGGGAUGCCCUGUUCAGCGUUGGGCGCAAAUUCCUCUCGGAGAUGGAUCUGGGCUCUGACGGGAUCCGAGCAGCGAUCGAAAGAUUCCUACCGUUGUCUUUCAAAGUUGUCAACACCGCGGCGGAGGCCUUCAAGGCCGCAGAGCGCAGGCACGUGUACACCACCCCCAAGUCUUUCCUCGAGCUCCUUAAACUGUACAACGUUCUCCUAUCCUCGAAACGGGAGAGUCAAGACAACGCCAUCGAGCGACUGACGACCGGACUGCACAAGCUCCGCGAAACAAAGGAUGCUGUGACAUCUCUCGAAGAAGACCUCAAGAUUAAACUUGAAGACGCUGAGCAGAAGAAAACUGUGGCCGAAGGAAUUGCGGAAACAGUGAGCAGGGAAAAGGCUAUCGUCGAGGUGGAAACAGCAAAGGCGCAGGUCCAGGCUGAACAAGUCGCCAAGACCCAAGCAGAAGUGAGCAUCAAGCAACGAGACACCGAAGCCGACCUCGCGAAAGCUGAACCUGCCGUCGAGGCUGCUAUGGCUGCCUUGGACACCCUUAACAAGAAGGAUCUCGGAGAGUGUAAAACUAUGGGAACGCCACCAAAGGGGGUUGAUGACGUCUUCGCGGCCACCAUGGUUCUGUUGGCCGGCACAAGCCCGUCUGUCAUCACCACCAAGGCUGGAAAAGUCAAAGACCGAUCUUGGGACGCAGCGAAGAAGCAACUGCUCGGCGACAUCGGAGGAUACAUCGAACUGUUGAAGGGUCUGAAGGCGGGGGUUGACGACAACACUAUCCCGGCAAUCUGCUGGAAAGAAAUCAGGCCAUUCUUGGCUUUGGAGCACUUCACCGUGGAUAUCAUUCAAUCCAAGAACUCGGCGGCUGCGGGUGUCUGCUCCUUCGUUCUCAAUAUCGUCAUGUACUACGACAUCGUCGUCACCGUGGAACCCAAGCGCUUGGCGUUGGCCGAGGCCAACGAACAGCUCAAUGAAGCCAACUCCACAUUGAAGCAAGUGCAAGAACAAGUGGCGGACUUGGAGGCAAAGCUCGCGAAGCUCACAGCCGAGUUUAAUGCUGCCAACAAAGACAAGCAAGACGCGUUGGAGUCCGUGUCAAAGGGGCAGCGCAAGCUUGACCUUGCGCAGCGAUUGACCGGGGCCUUGAGCUCGGAGAACGACCGUUGGGCAGAAAACGUCAUCCAGCUCCGGGCUGACAUGGAGCUUCUCACGGGCGAUGUACUCCUAGCCGCCGCAUUUAUCAGCUAUGUCGGGCCGUUCACCAAGACGUUCCGCGACCAGCUCAUGGAACAGGAGUUUUUGCCUUUCCUGCAAAAGGAGUUCCAGGCGACUGUGGGAGAGGAAGGGUCGCUCCCGAUGUCGGUUGAUCCAGACCCCAUCAAGACACUCACUACGGACGCUGAGGUUGCCGGCUGGAAUAGCGAUGGCCUCCCGAACGAUCAGGUGGAGCACCGUGUCCUCACUGAUGCAAACACGUUCGUUUUGACGUAUCACGUCGCACAACAGGUUUCUACGGAGAAUGGAGCUAUCGUUACCAACUCGGCCCGGUGGCCGCUCAUCAUUGACCCACAACUUCAGGGCAUCAAAUGGAUCCGCACCAAGGAGGCUUCGCCAGAAAGAAACUUGGAGGUUGUUCGCCUCGGCCAGCCGGAAAUGCUACGCAAGCUCGAAAAGGCCCUCGAGAACGGGUUGUUCUUGCACACUAAGCUGUCCAACCCGCAUUUCCCACCAGAAAUUCAGGCUGAAACCACUCUCAUCAACUUCACCGUCACCAUGCGGGGGCUGGAAGACCAGUUGCUCAACCUCGUCGUCCGAAAAGAGAGGCCAGACUUGGCGGACCUCGGCGAACAGCUGGUCGAGCAGCAAAACGGGUUCAAGAUCAAGAUGAAAGAGCUCGAGGAUAACAUCCUCUACAAGCUAGCCACAGCGGAAGGUGACAUCACGGAGGACGUUGAGCUCAUAGAAGGACUGGAGGAGACGAAACGAAUAGCAACUGACAUCGAGGCACGGUCAGCCUUGGCGAAAGAGACGCAGGUCAGCAUUCGGGUCACGAGCGAGAAGUACAGGCCGGUGGCAAACAGAUCGUCGCUGUUGUUCUUCCUCAUGAACGACCUCGUCAAGAUCCACUCCUACUAUAUCUAUUCGCUCGCGGCUUUCACAAAGGGCAUUGAUAAGGUCAGCAAGGCGGUCGAUGAGCCGCCUCCGCCCGACGACGACCCCUCCGUCGAUGGAGAGCCAAUGGCCGAGGGCGUGGAGGGCGAAGCCGGCGGGGAGGGCGGGGGAGACGGCACGACCAAUGCAACCGAGGACCCGACGACAAAGGAAGACGACGAUGCGGAAGAAGAAGGAGAGAGAGUGGAGAUGACAGACGAGGAAUUAGCAGCAAGGUGUGUCAUACUGGUUGACGCGGUCACGACAACAGUGUUCAACUACGUUCGGCGAGGGCUAUUUGAGCGCGACAAGCUCACCGUGGCUACCAUGCUGACCCUCAAAAUCUUGAUGAACGACGGUAUCCUCGGCCAGGAAGAGGUCGACUACCUCGUCAUGUCGAAGGCGUCCAUGGAUCCAGGAAACAUGGGCCCUCUAGGAGAAUGGCUUCCGGAAACCAUCUGGCCUAAGCUCAAGUCCUUGGAGAGGAUCAAGCGCUUCCAAAAUAUCGGAGACGCCAUGCAGUCCGACUCUGAUGACUGGCAGGCGUGGUUCGACGAUGAGAAAGCCGAUCAGGCCAAACUGCCCGGAGAGUUCGAAAAGUCGUUGAAUGCAUUCGACAGACUGAUCCUGCUGAGAGCGAUGCGUCCGGACCGCGUGUCCACUGCUUUGGCCAAAUGGAUUGGGCAGCCGUACAACAUGGCGGAGACGUAUAAAGAGACUUCUCCUGCGACACCCAUGUUCUUCGUGCUCUUCCCCGGCGUUGACCCGACUCCAUGGGUGGAAAGCCUCGCCAGAACUCUGGACAUCACAACUGAGAAUGGAAAAUUCAUCAACAUAUCGAUGGGACAAGGACAGGAGAAACCGGCGGAGGGUGUUGUUGAGAGGUGCUUCAUCUCCGCGGAGCCCCCCCCCAUGUCCAGCAUGAAAAAUAUGCCUGAGAGCCUUAUGCAGUCAUGCAUCAAGGUUGCGAACGAGGCUCCUGCGGACAUCAAAUCGAAUUUGACCCGAGCUUGGGCUAACUUCAACCAGGAGAAGAUCGAUGGCUGCAACAAGCCGACCGAAUACAAGGCGUGUCUGUUCAGCUUGUGCUGGUUCCACUCCAUCGUGCUAGGCCGACGAAGAUUUGGGCCUCAGGGUUGGUCUCGGCCGUACUCGUUUAACACUGGCGACCUCACCAUAUGCGCCAAUGUCCUGGGUUCAUACCUGAAUGACAACCCUCAAGUACCUUGGGACGAUCUGCGCUACAUUUUCGGAGAGAUCAUGUACGGUGGGCACAUUACCGACCCUUGGGAUCGUCGAACAAACAACGUCUACUUGGAGGUGCUCUUCACGGAGGGUCUGUUCUCCGCUAUGGAGUUGGGUCCAGGCUUCAAGGCGCCAGACCCGAACGUCUACGAUUUCCAGGCGAGCCUCUUGCAAUUUUGCGUCAUUCGCGAGCGGUGGCUGCUACAAAAGCAAUGUCGAGACAAGGAGCUACCCGCCGAAAGUCCACCCCAGUUCGGGCUCCACCCCAACGCCGAGAUCGGAUACUUGACCAACAGCUGCGAAAGCCUGUUCAAAGCUAUUCUCAACAUCGCAGGUCUGGACUCAAGCGCCAGCGGUGGAGGUGGUGGCAGUAGCGAUUCGAUCAUCAAAGAUACCAUGGCUGAUCUCCUGGAGCGGCUUCCUGACAACUUUGAGAUGAUCACCAUGCAGCUCCGCGCCAAACCUCUCCUCGAAGGGGAGUCGGGACCGUUCGUCGUCGUGGCGUUGCAGGAGUGUUCGCGCAUGAACGCGCUCUUGACGGAGAUCCGAAGAUCGUUAGUGGAGUUAGACAAGGGCUUGAAGGGACAGCUCAACAUGUCGCAGAGUAUGGAGGACCUUGCAACAGCGUUUGGCCUCAACGAAUGGCCAGGCCGGAACCCAUUUGCACAGUGCGCGUGGGAGAAACUGGCCUGGCCUUCCAAGAAGAAUUUGCUGAGCGAGUUCAUAGACAUGCUCAGGCGCAUCGCGCAGCUUGUCGCGUGGUCGGAAGAUCUAGUGACGCCGCAGUGCGUCUGGCUCCCGGGAUUGUUCAACCCCACGGCCUACCUCACAGCCGUCAUGCAGGUCACCGCUCGCAGUACCGGGUCCCCACUGGACAAGAUGACGACGGAAACACACGUAAGCACAUUCAUGGAGCCGCAAGAGGUAGACUACUCUCCCCAGGACGGAGCAUUUGUCAGCGGGCUCUACAUUGAGGGAGCUAGGUGGGCAACUGGGGAGGAGGCUGGAGAACCGGAGAUGAUUACCGGUACGCCGUGUGCAGGCAACCUGGUUGAUAGCCGCUUGAAGGAGCUCUUGCCGGCUCUACCUGUCGUUUACGUCAAGGCAGUUCCAGUUCAGUCUUCGUGGGAGCCGUCAGCCGUGGGAUACAUUCGCCAUGAUCCCAAGAUUUACGAGGCACCCGUUUACAUCACAAGCUUCAGAGGACCCACGUAUGUCUUCCUUGCAACCCUCAAGACAGAACACCCCGUCAGCAAAUGGACUUUGACGGGCACUGCCGUUCUACUGCAAACGGAUGAUUGAGAGCGACGUAGGAAGUUGCUUUUGGUGUGCAGACCCAAAAAAUGCCUGGUUAUUUCGGAACACUGGGGCAGGUUUGGCGAGGUCGAAGUGAAGAUUCGUUUGAAUUUACGGGGUGCGGUGGAUAUCAAGGGCUGUAAGGGGUGUAAAGAAUAGAUAGAGGUCUCGCUUUCUGAGGGCAUUUGGGAGGGUGGAGAUCACGUUUAUAUGCAGCUAGCAGGUCAAAAUGGCCAAUCCAAAUUGAUGUCAACACGCUACGUAAUGUUGGGGCGAUCGGCAUUUAUUCCAACAUGCUUCUGAUUUGUCUCCAAAUUGUACAAUAUGGCGAUAAUAUCUCCAGUGGGUUGGUACAGCAGUAGUAUUUGGUAAGCGGAGAGCAACGUGCACGAGUUGAUGGAUAAUGCUCAUUUGCAU